GUUCAAGUUAAUCAACAACACAGUUCCUUUAGUUACUCUAGUACAACGUAAAUUUUAUGUUUGACAUUAUUUAUUACUUGAAAAUCUUCAAGAAAUGAUUCGACGAGAAAUAAUUAGAAGCGAUAAAAGGAUAAUUGCGACAAAUAUUAAAGGUGUUGUUAAGUGGUUCAAUGUUAGAAGUGGCUAUGGUUUUAUAAAUCGUCUUGAUACAAAAGAGGAUAUAUUUGUACAUCAGAGUGCAAUAUUGAAAAAUAAUCCUAACAAGUGGCAAAGAUCACUUGGUGACGGUGAAGAAGUUGAGUUUGACAUAGUUCAAGGGGAUAAAGGUUUCGAGGCAGUACAUGUAACUGGUCCAUGUGGAAAUAUGGUGCAAGGAAGUAAAUAUGCCAGUGAUAGACGUCCUUACGGAUUAAGAUCAUUUGGACCUAGAGGAAACUGUCAGCUUUUCUAUGCUAGACAACCUGCAUUUUCACUGACUAAAGGUUAUCCGGAAGCUGUAUUCACAAGAUUAUCAUCAAACAGAUCUCAUGUAGCUUCUCCUGCUGAUGAUCAUAGCUGUGAAGCAGACACCAGAAAUAUUCAAAAACCUCGACUCUCUAGAAAUCAGUUCUUCCCAUCACAGUCAGAAUUGGUACCAUUAAUGCCCCUCAAUCAAAAUGUAUUUCUUCCAAGGAGGCCAUCACAUCUACGUAAGCCAUUAGCAUAUCGUGGACGCUAUUAUGGACCACCACUAUUAUGUGGUUAUAGCCGGGGAGCUUAUCAGUGGAAAAGAAGACUUCCUAAUAUUUAUAAACCUAAUGCCAACCAUUUUAAUCGGUUUCACAUAGUAAGCAAAAAUUCCAACUUUUCCAAUACAAUUGCUUCGCAUCCACGUUAUCCACUUGUGCCAUGUAGUAUUGGUCGUCGUUUCGAGCCACCAGUAUUAUCCUUACCAUAUCCUUAUAUAAGACGAUAUCGAAGUAUCCAUGGUAGAUUACUGUUUAACUCUAGACGAGGUUGUUAUACUAUUAAUCCCAACAUUUCCUCUAUACAAAGAUGUAAAGAAUCUAAAAAACUAUCAAUUCAAAAGAAAACAGAAAAAUCGAUGCAAGAUAAAACAAUUUCAUCGAAUGAAAAAGCAAACGAAAUAAUAAGUACGAAUGCAUUUGAAAAAUCUACAUUUGAGUCUAACGAAGAAAUACAACCCACAGGAAAAGAAAAUAAUAUGGUAAGCUAUAUAAAAACAACUUAUCAAACGCUUACGUUUCAACCACAGACAAAUGGACAAAAUAAAAAACAGUCGAUAAAAACUUCUGAGAGAACAGCACCAAAAGUAGAUCCUAGUGGUGAUUCACCAGAGCUUAGAAAAGAAACAGAUGAAGAAACAGAUCAGUCUUUAGAAAAAUGUAGCCAUAAAUCAGAAGUAUUGGAAGCAAAAAAUGACAACGCUAAAUCAAUAGAUUCACCAGUAUUGAUGGAUGAAAUUUUAUCUGAAUUGCCUAAAUUACAGCUUACAAAUGCAUAGAGAUGAUGAUGGGGUUUUGGAAAAUGAAAAGGUUAUGCAUGGAUUAUUUGUAUAGGCAAAAAUAACUAUAGUCUGUGAAGAGAUUAGAUUUUGCCGCAUAUUAUCAACAUUAUUAUAUUCGUUUUUUUGCUUGUCAUUUAAAAUUACUUUAUUAUAACCUUUAAAAUGUUUUUA